AUGGGCAACAGAAGCUCAGAGGCUCAUCCAAAGAUACCGACGAGCCCACGACUUCGAGGAGAUCCGCGCAAGCGGACGCAGAGGAGAGAGGGCAACCGCACUGCUCGCUUUGGCUUUCAGGCCACCCGAGAUUCUCAGAAGUCCUGUCGCUUGAAGCGCCCCUUUGAAACUUUGGAGACGGCUUUUCAGGUGACCUGUCAGGUGAUGAUUGCCUUGCUCUCCCCGAGGGUUCACCCUUGGAUGAGAAGAUUGUCAGCUUGCCUUCGCAGCUAUCCAGAGGUGCUGCCUUCUCCAGCCUUCUCCGUCUUGGUCUCUGGUUUCCAUGCAAAGCUGGUCUUGGACGUCUGA